AACACAUGUACCAAAAGGGUGUCAAGCAUCUCUGUGAAAACGGGGUCACACAGGUCCCCAAAAAGUACAUACUGUCCGAACCCGAAAGACCACAUAAUCUGGUUGUCGGUAGCUGCAUCGACUUGCCGGUUAUCGACUUUGCUCAACUUCAAGGCAACGAUAGACCUGCAGUCCUUCGCUCGCUCGCUAAAGCUUGCCAGGAGUACGGGUUCUUCCAGUUGACAAACCAUGGGAUUACGAAUGACGUUGUGGGUAAGAUGAUCGACGUGAGCAAAAGGUUUUUCGAGCUUCCGUUCGAGGAGAGACAACGGUACAUGUCUUCGAAUUUGUAUGCACCUGUUCGAUACGGAACCAGUUUUAACCAGAACAACGAUGGAGUCUUCUGUUGGAGAGAUUUCUUGAAGCUAAGCUGUUAUCCCAUGCAGGAUUUUGUUUCUCUUUGGCCUUCUUCUCCUGUUGAUUUGAGGGAAGCAGUGGGUAAGUACUCGAGUGAAAGCAGAGAUUUGUACAGAAUGGUAAUGGAGGCGAUCCUGGCGAGCCUUGGAGUGAUGGAAGAAGACAAGGCCAUUUUGGAUGAUGCGAAUCAGCUGACCAUGGUGAACUGCUACCCGUCAUGCCCACAACCACAACUCACACUGGGUCUCCCACCACACUCCGACUAUGGCUUACUCACUCUUCUUCUUCAAGACCAAGUCGAAGGUCUUCAAAUACAACAUAAAGGUCGAUGGCUCACCGUUAAACCCAUCCCUAAUUCGUUGGUUGUCAACAUCGGCGACCAAUUUGAGAUAUUUAGCAACGGAAGAUACAAGAGUGUGGUGCACAGGGUGGCGGUUAACUCGAUGAGCUCUCGACUCUCCGUGGCCACGUUAUUCAGCCUACCGGUGAACCAUAACGUUAGGCCGUCACCAGAACUGAUCGACGAGUCCAACCCACGACGUUAUCGAGAUACAAACUAUGCGGAUUUUCUGGAGUUUCUUUCGUCCUCGGAUUUCAAGUGUAAGAAAUUCCUAGAGUUAAGGAAACUACGUUAAGUUCAAGUUUUGAGACAUUAUGAUGCUCAUUUUUAGCUAGUGGACGUAUAA